CGCCUCGCCAGCCACUGCAUCGCCGCGCUCAGCGGGUCCGGAGCAGCGCCUGGAGACGUGCCGCGCGCAGCCGGCUCUCCCCAGGCACCUCGUGGUCACUAGCGGAGCUUCUGAAGCAACAUGCCGGAACAGAGCAAUGACUACCGGGUGGCCGUGUUCGGGGCAGGUGGCGUUGGCAAGAGCUCCCUGGUUUUGAGGUUUGUGAAAGGGACCUUCAGGGAGAGCUACAUCCCGACUGUGGAAGACACCUAUCGGCAGGUGAUCAGCUGUGACAAGAGCAUAUGCACGCUGCAGAUCACCGACACGACCGGCAGCCACCAGUUCCCCGCCAUGCAGCGGCUCUCCAUCUCCAAGGGCCACGCCUUCAUCCUGGUCUACUCCAUCACCAGCCGGCAGUCCCUGGAGGAACUCAAGCCCAUCUACGAGCAGAUCUGUGAGAUCAAGGGGGAUGUGGACAGCAUCCCCAUCAUGCUGGUGGGGAACAAGUGUGAUGAGAGCCCCAACCGGGAGGUGCAGAGCAGCGAGGCCGAGGCCCUGGCGCGCACGUGGAAGUGCGCCUUUAUGGAGACGUCGGCCAAGCUCAACCACAACGUCAAGGAGCUCUUCCAGGAGCUGCUCAACCUGGAGAAGCGCAGGACCGUGAGCCUCCAGAUCGACGGCAAGAAGAGCAAGCAGCAGAAGCGGAAGGAGAAGCUCAAGGGCAAGUGUGUGGUCAUGUGAGGGGCCUUGGCACGGAAGGAGCUGCUGCCCUUAGGGCCCUUCCCCCCGUCCCCUGCCCCCACCCCCCGUGAACCCCAUCGUCGUCAGGGCAGCAUGUCUGAUGCCCACGUGUUAAACACUGCAUUUGGCUGCGACACCCUGCAAUGUCCUCAAGAGGCAUUCCGUGCACCCCAUCAGCCCACCCCUCAGGGGGUGCAGAGUCCGCGAUGCUCUCGGCGUGCUAGGAAGCCGAGGCGGGUCCUGAGCCGGCUCCAGCCGUGGGAAGGCGAGGGGACGCAGAGCCGCGGACACAGGGGACGUUGAGAAUAGUGGGUAAAGCAAGUGCGUGUGACAGCAGCUCAGCCCAGAGCCACUGGUACCACCCCACAUCAGGCAACCUAGUUCCGAAGCCGCUGACAUUUCGGGGGAGGAGCAGGCAGUUAAAGGAGGCGAGAAACCUGCCGGUCCAGCGUGGACCUGCGUGCCUCAGUGGUUCCCGUUGACGCAUUUUUAAUGGCAUUAAAGAUAAAACACCAUAGCCCCCUCCAAGUGAUCCUCAUGCCAUUCCUACUGACACACUGGGGGAUGUGACACUUCCUCAAAGCCUUCUUAGCAAGUUCCAUGUCGGCCUGUCAGUGGUACAUACACUUCCUGCACAAUGCCAAGGCCACUUGUGGCUUGAGGCUGUGUCAGCACUUCUUUCGUUUUUUUUUUUUUUUUUUUUUUUUUUUUUUUUUUUUUUUUUUUUUUUUUUUGUUUUUUUUUUUUUGAGUCAGGACAUUGUGACAUCAUGCAAACACCGCAAUAACACCCGUGUGUGUGUGUGUGUGUGUGUGUGUGUGUGUGUGUUAUACUUUGAGGGUUCUAGAAACUCGAACUUUCUUUCUUUUGACCUUGGAGGGUUGCCACUUCCUCCAGCCCUCAGAUUUUUAAAUAAAAGCCAAUAAAGUAGGCAUUUUUUAGACUUCCCUCUUCCUCUCCCCCAAGAUGGUUUUCUUGUCUUAAAUAACUCCACGUGUACCCAGCUGGGAAACAGCCAACCACGAGCGUCGGAUAACCAGAAGCACAUCCAUUUUUCUAAGUGACACAGGCGUGUAGGUGCUACACAUUGCACCUUCAUGAAAUACUUUGAAACAGACGCUGUUCGCUGUGUUUUUAAGGAUCUCUCUAUAUUGGAAGUAGACUGCUAGGAAAUGCAUUUAAUCACUAGUAAAUUUUCUCCUGGCUCCUUGCUAAACGUCCUGAAGAGUUCCUCAGUGCAGCAAACGUCUCCCAAGGACCGUGCAUGCACCCUGGAAUCUUCUGAACAAACCAUAGCCACUGCUUGAGGGGUCAGCCACUGAGGUGGCUGCAGAUAGCCUGGUCUCUCCUUUCUGGGCACAGUGCCCCCAGCUUAGUCUAAUUUGCUUGCUCUCCUGGAGUCUGGCUGAGUUUUGAUUCUUGAGAGUUCUUACUUCCACAGCCAAUGGGAAGGCACUCCUGUUUCACCGAGUAGGACAAACCCACGCUGGCCUCAGUGCUGGCUGGAGCAUUCUCUCAGCCCUCUUGCCACUGACCGGUCAGCAGGUAGAGGAAGCUGCAGCACUGUGGGUCUAUAAGUUGUCUAAUGACCACUGGGCAGAGGUCCCCGUGCUGGGGUGGUGGGGUAGCCCUCUUACUCCACCAAUGCCUCCGAAGCACACUGUGUUCAGACACCCUCAUUUCCUUCAGUUGCCUUGUCUGGUCUGGCCUCCUCUGCUCUGUCAAUUAUAACGUACCCUGGUGAUAUGUGGAGGGCCAGGGAGGUCCCUCAGAAAUUUGUAUGGCUCAGUGAUCUUGCCAUCCCCAGGGACUUCUAGAACAAAAGCCUUGGGGCUACCUGGGUAAGCAGGCCCAAAGAGAAAUGAGGAAGCCCAGGAGCCAGCUGAGAGCUUAAAUUACUUGUGCCCAUUCCAGACCCUCUCUGAGCCUCUUCUAUUGGCUCCUUCUGUUCCCAAAGGCCAUUCUCUAGCACAAUAAGAUUGAGUUGUGGAAUUUCCUGGAAUGUCUUUAAUUUGCUGUUCCAUUUAUUUCUAUUUCUGUUCUCAGAGAAAGUUAUCACCUUGUCAUUUAGGUGCAGAAAUAGUGAAGGAAAGACACGACUCUCUGGCUGAUAUGAUAUAUAUCAUAUUUAUCGGAUAUAUAUCCAUAUAUAUGAUAUAAAUUUGUGGUGAUCCCUUCUCAGGAAGUAAAAUCCUGUUUAUCACAGUGAGUGUAACCAGGCUUUAGACAUGAGCGUUUCUACAAGCUUCCCUGCUCCCCGUGACCACACGUCAGGGCUCCUUCAGCCUUUUGUUAUUUUGGUCUUCAUUGACAUGAGCAUCUUGCAGGUACCAUUCACAGUCUUUGUUCCUUUCUGUUCUGCCUGUGCGUUGAGGGGGUGGGAGGUCAGGAAGCCUUCCUCCCUGGCUUCCUUCGGACACUCCUUCUGUAGAUGAGGCUCCACACUUGCAAACUUCCCUCUGACUCAGGGGCUGAGUACACAGUACUACUGGGCCAAUGGCUUUCAGCUUGGCUUUGGUCCCACCCCAUGUCACGAAGCUGAGGUUCUUGGUGACAUCCUACACUGCACAUGGGACUGGACACUUGUGACCCAGCCCCAGCUCGUUAUAAAACUUGAAAUAUUGCUUUGAAGAUGGCACUCUGGGGUUAAGCACGGGACUCCAUGAGUUCCCUAAUCCCCACUGGUCCCCUCUCCAUUCAGUGACAAGCCAUGGGCACGCAUCCAAUGCAUCAAGUCCAACACAAGAGCAAUAUCCAAUUGUCCAAUAGAUCCAAAAUUAUAUAUAUAUAUAUUAUGUAAUUUACCUUCCUGCACUUUUGAAGUAUAAAGUAGUAAAUUGUACAUAUCUAUCUCUAUAUAUCCAUACACUAGUAUAUCUGUUUCACUGUUUGUAAUACUUGAGAAUUGCUCAUUCUUUGUAGAACAAAACAAAUGUAUUAAAUAUUUUAAAAUUGCUCUGUGUUAUUCCUCCCUGCCCUGAGUUUGUAAAGUGUCGCUUCUACACAAGCUGUCUGGAAACAUCCAAAGCCAAAGGGGCAUGUGGAACUCCUACAAGCCCCAUCCUGGGAUUCAGUUACCCACAACGACUUUGUGUCAAUCAGAUAUCUGCAGAGAGUGAUCACUGGCAUGUGAGAUGCACUGGCACAUGCUUCCGGUUCCGGCACUAGCUGUUCCGGUUCCAUUCUCGGUUAUGUCUGAUGUACUUUAUGGUUAUAAAGAUAACCUCUCACAGGUUCUAGUUGCAGGAUGGCCCCGGCCCAUUGAACCAGUUACAAUAAAGUUCAGUUACCACACUUGGC